UCCGUCGGCGAGUCGCAGAAGGGUCGACGUGCCCGUCCCCUCGCGCAGGGGAUACCCGUCGUUCUGGGAUCUUGCGGGCAUUGUUGUUUUUUUUUCUCUCUACACCGACGUGUCAGAGACAAAGGUGGUGGAGAGAAGAGGAUUCGGACAAAGAAGAGUCGUUCGCGAGUCUCGGCGCCUCGUGACGUCUCGCGCUGGCUCGAUCGAGCGUCCCGCAUUUCGGAAACGCAGUUUAAUCGACGGCGCGAGCCGAUCUUUUCCUCCCUCCCUCCCCCCUCGCGACAGUAUGCGAUCUGCGUGCGUAUGUGUGCACAUGAUAUAUAUAUAAUAUGUGUAUGCAUGUGUGUGUGCGUGUGCGCGCGCGAUGACAGCACGAGGAACGUCGCAAUCGAGCGCGAUCCUUUUGCAACGCGUAUUGCCGCUCGCGCGAUUACGGCGGUGGAUAUUUCAGCAUCAUUUGCCGAUUACGCGACAGAUGUCGGCACGUCGAGCUGUGAAACCUAUCCUUCAACGCCGCCCGUCUGGUUUGCCGAAUCCGAGGAGACUAGUGUUACGAACGCUGUACAAAUAUUAAGUAACACAACGGGCAGCGACAACCAUGUAAUCAACCAAGUUGGUAUCCUAUUGAAGGAGUUGUGCAGACUACACUCGUUACCGGAACCGCCGGACGUCGAGAGGCUGAGAACCGCCUUGGACCCCUUACGCUUAGGAGGAUCGAACGAAGCUGUGGCGCAAAGGAUGGACGCCGAGGACCUAGACGAUAUCGACGAGGACGAAGAGAGCGAGACUGAAGAGGACCUCCAUUUAGACAUGGAUGAGGGAGACGCUAAUUCUAAGAAUAAGAGCGAAGAAAUGGACUUGGAACAUCUUGCGACACUGGAAAGGUUGAGGCAGAAUCAGAGACAAGAUUAUUUAAAGGGAUCUGUUUGUGGAAGUGUACAAGCCACCGAUAGGCUCAUGAAGGAACUGCGUGAUAUAUACCGAAGUGACAGCUUUAAAAAGGGAAUGUAUAGCAUAGAAUUAGUAAAUGACAGUUUAUAUGAAUGGAAUAUCAGAUUGAUGUGUGUAGAUCCUGAUUCACCACUUCAUAGCGAUCUCAUUCUUUUGAAAGAGAAAGAGGGCAAAGACAGUAUUCUUCUCAAUAUGCUUUUCAAGGAAACUUAUCCGUUCGAACCUCCUUUUGUAAGAGUCGUGCAUCCUAUCAUAUCUGGCGGAUACGUUCUUGUGGGUGGUGCCAUUUGUAUGGAACUUCUCACGAAACAGGGAUGGAGUUCGGCGUACACGGUAGAAGCUGUUAUAAUGCAAAUUUCAGCGACGUUAGUGAAGGGGAAAGCGCGUAUACAGUUCCAGGGAUCAGGUGGCGCUGGCAAAGUGUGUGGUGGACAAGGCCAAUACAGUUUGGCACGUGCCCAACAGUCAUUCAAGUCUCUUGUACAAAUACAUGAAAAGAAUGGUUGGUUCACACCUCCGAAGGAGGAUGGCUAAUGAACAGUGGAUUGCGGAAAAAUACCGAAGAUAUGAUACAUGCUUACAGCUGAGACUUUAAUUCGGUGUGUGCCCAACAAAUAAUUGUUAUGAUAAUGAUUUGAUACACAAACACAACAGUAACUAGGUAACUUAAGAUACUGAAUUAAUCUAACAUAUAAUUCCUUUGAUGGCUAAAAAGCUGCCGUACACCUUGGUUACGUAUUCAUAUUUUUUUUCGGUCAUUAGUAGUUAGGUCGCGAAUUGUAUCGAUAAAUGUAAGAUAUCAUUUCGCUUUGAAAUUGAUUCUUGUGUUCCAAGAAUCCCAGUUGUUGCUAUCGCAGUAUAGUGAUUUUAUGUGCUCCUUAACGAUGAAUAUGUUGUACGUGCGAAACAGUGUAACUUCUGAAAGGUGCGUUUGCGCAAUCGUGCUUCCUGUCUCUUAUUAACGGGAGGAAAGUAAGAUCAACGUUUUAGAUUAAUAUAACAGUGGACAAAUUAAGUUUUUCUUUUAUUGUUCUAUUGUAUUACUUUCUUUACUUUCUAUAAAGGAAUUAUUACGUUUCACGCAUUUCAAUGGCAAUGCUAUAUUUCUUUUGCUAAUGUAUCUCGUAAACGAGUAAAAAUAAUGGUAGUGAAAAUGCAUCUCUUGAAAAAAGAUAUAUAUCACUUCUAUUCUUGAAAUCCUUUGCCAGGUAUCUCGUAAGCGAUAUUAAAAAUAACGUGAGUACACAACCAAAACGUUUCUUUCUUCAAAAAGAAAAAACCUGCAGAUAUAAAAUGGCUAAGUAGAAUAUAAAAGUAUAGCUUUACAUCGGGAGGCUCUAGAGAGUACGAUAAUAGAAGUUACAAAAGUCUGUGCAAGCUUUUCGGACUUGCGAUUAAGUAUGUUUUGUAAAACUAAUUUUUUCUAUAUCAAUAUUAAUCAACUCAGAUUUUUGACACGAGAAGCGAUAUUUUUUUACAUUCGGCGAAUAAUAUAUUUCGUAGCAUUAUUGGAUUAGAUGGAACGUAGAUCUCACAAUGUUUGUAUUGUAUACGACGCAGUAAUUAAUAUGGAUGUUUAUCUUUUUACGUAGAACAUAAGAGUGAGUCGGAUGUAAACAUGUAGGUGCUGUAGUAACAAAUGUUUUCUUAAAGUACCAAAUAUUACAAAAGUUUAUAUUGGCCUUUCCUUUGCAAUAUUAUCGAGAUAGCUUAUAUAGCUUUCUACAACGUAUAUAUAUCCCGUUGUAUGUAAUGUUCAAUCGAAUAUAGGAGUUGUAUAGAUGUACAUAAUAAAUACGAGUACUCUUUAGAGUCUUUAACGGAGGACGUAGAUGCAAUUAGAAGCUUAAAAGUUUUGGUUGUGUGUUUCACAUUUACAAAUCCAUUCUAAAAUCUAUUCUUCAUUAUUUUCUCUAUGAUGCAAUUUAUAAGAUGUAAAAUCAUGUACAUGCAAGAUAUAAUUUUUUUAAUAAGAGAUGCGCGAGCUAAAUCUUAUUCAUGUAAAAUUUAAUUCUCAUGUGCAAAUUUGUUUUCGAAGAAAACCUACGAGUCCCACGCAAAAGAAUUUCUAAUGAUCGCAAGAGGACAUUUCUUCAGGCGAUUUUUCACAUAAUUGACUAUUAUUUUAGCAGUAAAUGGCCAAAGUGCUACAUAUGCACUUCUAAAGCGAAUUUGUCCAUUAGAAUUAACAAUGUAACGAUAUCGUAACGUUUGUAACUUUAGUGAAUCUAAUUUUUUCUAUAAAUUAUAUCUGUGAAGGUUACUCCUUUUUCAUAAAAAAGAAAAUCUUAUAUCUGUUAUUGUUAAAUGGACUUUUGCAACACGGCAUUGACGUUGAGUUGCCGAAACUUAAGAAAUUACAGACAUUAAACAUUCUUCGGAUUUAUAUUGCACUCGUAAGCAUUUAUGCAGUUUGUUUUGUACAUACAUACAUAAAUACACCUGAUUCAUAUACAUGCAUAUACACGUACACAUAUACACGUAUGCAUUCUGUUCCUUAUGCUUCAUCUUCCUACGUAAUCUCGAAUGCGUAGUCUCUGUGACUAUCAUGUUCAUUUGCAAACGUGUCAAACGUGAACAUUUAUGAAUAUCGAGUACGAGUAGUUGUGAUAGGUAUAUUUGAUUAUCAUUUCGCCAGAGUCGAGGAAAUCUAUCCCUCAUUUUCGUUGUAAAUAUCGUCAUUCGAAACAACCAACUAUGACGGUUCGUAACUGUUAAUACUUCAGGGAUUUUUAUUUCAGAUGUAUCAUUACUUUUGUAAUAUUACGUUAUCGUACGUGUCCGCGUAAUUAUCGUGUUUGCUUUAGGAUGAAUGAAUAUACCUGAAAGCCUAUUAAUCGUAUGGAGAUGGAGCAGUACAUAUGUUAUUGGCAAUAACGCAUGUACAUUGUAUCGGUACACAUGAUUAUCGGUAUAACUGGAUCGAGUAGCGUGGGUCACUAGUUUCGUUCGCGGUACAAUUAAACUCGUUUGUGAGCAAAUCAUAUGAGCAGUAUCGUCAUAUAAAUAAUAAGUAUAGGUGUGCGAUCAUCGAGCUCGUUGUCAACGGACACCACGAUUUGUACAGCCGCCGCCCGUUUGACACUGAGUACUGGUUGUUCGACGUCGUUAAGCGUUAUGUUCUUUGCCAAAACUUUGUGUCGUCUGUUAAGUUUUAUUUUCUUUUUAUAUAUAAUAAUUGCGUAUGAUCGCGGGGAGCAAUGUGACAUGUGUAUUUUUGCUACAAAUAUCGUUAAGACUCUUCGAUUUCUUAACGAAUGUCUUACAUUUGACAUUCGAUUCUUGCCGAUAUUCGUGACGAUUUCAGAAGUCUCAGAGUCUCGAUGUAAGGUCGACAUGUCGCGCGCGAUUAGUUCCAAUUAAUUACAUUUAAUAAAAGAGAUACUGCGACGAUUGACGAGAGAAGGUGCGUAAUAACAUAAGAUAAUAAUUUUCCGCGGACUGUGUCGGGAUUCGUUCCGGACGAAACAUUUUGACGAAAGAGUGUGCGCCUAAAGAACAAGUGGAAGUUUGAAUUAGUCGGUUCUUACACAACUCCGGGAUGUAUUUCUCAAAUCUUUCGAUUGUGUGCGGUGUAAUGUAGUUGUCAAAUUUUUGUUACGUAUUCAUGUUACGUAAUCUUUCUAUUUCAAGACUGAUAAAAGUAGAACUCGAACAUACUUUUCUUCCACGUUACAUUUGUAAAAUGUGUCUUUCACGCGAUGCUUGGAUUCGCGAGCAUGAUAAUAAAAGAUACUCGAGCAGUUUAUCCGCGUCGAACGGGACUUUCUACGUACUUGUACGAAUAUGGAAACGUUAUGAAAUUUGUAUGAUCCGUGAGAUUUUCGUACGGAGGCAUUGAGUGCCAAUUGGGAAGGGGUGGAUAUACAUAUCCCAUUCCGAGAUGUAUUUGUGGCAAAAAUAGUCGUCUAAAGUCUCUUCCAACUCAUUUGUUCACUUGUCACGUUUUACUGAUAACGUGGAUAUGUUUAUUAUGCGUUAAGUACAUGCGGAAUAAUUGAUUUAUGUAAUGACAAAAAUUAUUUCUUUUUGUUUAAAGGGAGAGCACCCGGUUCACGCGGAACAUAAAUAACCGACUGAAGCGACUGUAAAGCAUGAUACAAGCAUACACAUAUGGAAAUUAUUACAUCCACGUAUACCUGGUUACAGAUCCGCAUUCUAAUCAAGAUAGAAUGACAAGUAAAUAAUCUGCGUUUCGCUUGAACCGUGGUAUUUGAUCGUAUCCAUUUGAUACUCCGAAUAACGACUUUGUGUAUCGUGUUAAGUAUAUAUCAUAUAACUUAACUCUCUCGUAUUAUAACAUUUCUGACGAGGGUCUUAGACUUCCGGAUCGAGACAUAUAGAGUGCGGUCGUACGCGUCGAGAGAGAUCGCGAUUACAAUUUUCUUCAGUUUCCUUCGUUUCUGCUGCAAAUUUCUCGCGAAUCGCCCUCUCUCCAUCUUUUCCGCAAACGUAAUAUCGAGUGUCGUCGUUUUCUCGACGUGAACGAUGUCGACGUUUCCUCGAGUCUAAACCCGUAAGUUAAAUUAUGUCUCUACUCUGUCUGCGUACCUAUUUGCGUAAUUAAUUCAUCGAUCAACCGUGUGAUCGAUUAAUUUUUGUUAAUCGGUCGCGUCGUCUCAUUGUCAAUAUCUAUAAUCUUAAGAUUACUCUACGUAUCUUCAAUCUGCUCCACUUGUAUAUCGUACCAUUACUGAUUUGAGUGAAAGUUUCCAUAAUUCUAAUAUAUCGAGCAUUAUACUUUCUCUCUCUUCCCCCCCCCCUCUCUAUCUCUAUCUCUCUCUCUUACACCACAAUUUCACGUUAAGUUACGUUAAUUAUUGUUUAGGAGAACGCUACGAAACACAAAAAUAAAGAUUUUAAUAAAAAAACUUAUUUGGAUGUGUA